AUAUUGUAUGGCUGCGUUCCGCUCGCCGCCAUGUCGUACCAGGCUUUGUGCUCUUAUUCCUCCAUGGUGAAACAUAUUUUGUUUUCAAUAUAAGUUAGCUGGAACAAUAGUUUAGUUACUUGUCUGUGAUAAACUCCUGCCUGUACUAUAUGAGACCUAUCUUCAGUAUGUUCUCUACAAUUGUAGCCGAGUUGAUUGAUUCAGCAUUGUCAUGGUCGUUUCUUCUUCCCCUGUUACUGCUUCUGAUCCUCAUCCGUUAUGUACGCGCUACGUCCAGAUUGAUCAGCAAAUCAGGUAGCAAGAUGUCGCUUCCAAGGGCUAUCUUUGAGCAGUUACGGAGCCUAGUCCUCAUAUUGUGGUACUGCCUAGAAGCCACAAUAAUGGCUUGCAUUCCUCGCUCCAUGCGUAAGCGCAAGAGUGUAGCUGGCGAGAUCAUACUGGUCACAGGUGCAGGCAGUGGCAUUGGGCGUUUGAUGGCCCAGGCAUUUGGCCAACUUGGAGCUACCAUUGUUCUGUGGGAUAUCAACCAGGCAGGCAAUGAAGAAACUGCAGACCAGAUACGUGAGAAUGGAGGAAGAGCCUAUGAAUAUACCGUAGACAUAAGCAACAGUGAGAAGGUCUAUGAGGCAGCACUGAGUGUUAAGCGAGAUGUCGGUGAUGUGACAAUCUUAAUCAACAAUGCUGGUAUCGUCACUGGUAAAUCCUUUCUGGAAUGUCCUGAUCACAUGAUCAAGAAAACAAUGGACGUCAAUAUUAAUGCCCACUUUUGGACACUCAAAGCGUUCCUGCCGUCCAUGAUUGCUAAGAACAAAGGUCACAUUGUGAAUGUGGCCAGCCUCGCUGGUCUGUUUGGAAUGAAUAGACUUGUAGACUACUCUGCCAGCAAGUUUGCUGCAGUUGGUCUGCAUGAUGCACUGUACUUUGAGUUGAUGUACAGUGGUAAGGCUGGAGUGAAGACUACCGUUGUGUGUCCAUUCUUCAUUGAUACUGGCAUGUUUAGUGGAGUGGUACUCAAAGAUCCAUUGAUGACACUGCCUCUCCUCAAGCCAUCUUAUGUUGUCAAGAACAUUGUGGAUUCUGUGCUUCUUGAAGAGCGGAUGUGUGUGCUACCUCGACAUGUGUUCCUAGGAGUCCUCCUGAAAUACUGGAUACCGGAGAAAGCCACACUGCACAUUUUCCAUCGUUUGGGAUUUGAUGAAUGCAUGUCUACAUUUGUCGGCAGAGGCAAAAAGGACUGAAUUAUCCACUUUAGAAUUUGAUUUCAAUUUUUUACCCAAUUUUUUUAGUUAGUCACUGUCCGAACAUAAUUCGUUUGAAUUCAUCAUUCACAUUAUGCCCUAUUUACAAGUUGCCAAUAUUGCAGACGUUAUGUCAACAUUUUGAUCUUCGUAGCAAUGAUCUUCAAAGGUACUUUAUCUGAUUAUUUUUUAUAAAGAUUAUUGUGGCAUGUAUUAUGGUAUAUAUCUGACAGCAGCUUGUCUUCUCAAGAUAAGUAAUGAAGAUGCAUUUGUUUUACUGAUACAUGUAGUAAAAAAGUGCCUUUCCGACUUUUAAUUUACAUGUAGUUCCAACAUGAGUUUUUUGAUGAGCCUUUUUCUCAUGAUUUAUGUUUUUCAUCUGUACACAUCUGCCUGGGGGAAGUACAUACAGUGUUGUGGUACUCGUACCUUAACUUAUUAGCAUGUACUUAUUAGAUUGUACUCGUACUCGUACUCACAAGAAAAACAAAUGACCUAUACUCAUUCUCAUUGCAAAGUACUCAUACUUGUACUCGUACUUAUACUCAUGAAACAUUCUUCCACUGGAAGUUUAUUUUUGUAAGAGGUAUGCAGGAAAACAUCCAUUUUCUACUGUUUGGUGGGCUUUUGCAUAUCUUUAAUGUAAAGUCUGACAGCAAAAAGGGAACAUGCAUACCCAUAAAAAUAGCAGCAUACCCAUUCUCCUACUCGUGUAGUAAACUACUCAUACUGGUGGCAAGGUAAUACUCAUACUCUUACUCAUAGUCAUGCAAAUGUUCUCAAUUACAACACUGGUACAAACUGAGUGUGGAGAUAGUUUCAUGGUUUUGAAUGUACUGUUUAUAUUCAAGAUAUUUCAUUUAUACCUUGUUAGAGUAUACAUGAGCCUUUAGGCUCAUAAUUACCUAGUCAUUAUAAUUGAGACCAAAUUACAUUUUGUAAUCCUUCUCAUAAUUUAUAUAUUUUGAUAAAUAUUGCAUUAACAAAUUGUAAUUCUAUUUUAACAUACAUGUAUAAUGCAAUUUUCAAAUAAAAAAUUGCUAAAAAAUCCCUAAUUUUGUUUCCCGAAAUAAUAUCAGUUUCAGGAAGAAAUUCCUAUCUGGAUUGAUUGCUUGAGGCUUUUAGUCUCUGCAUGUGUUGACUUCAACACAUCAGCCGG